AUUUGGUGGGUCCGAUCGUAUGCUUGGUAUAUAUCCCGUCAAUCAUGAUUUGCACAGAAUCAUUCCCGAUCAACCGGUGGAAGCGAAAGGAACAGUAAAUAUCGCGGACAAUGGCGAAAAAAGUGAACGUUGGUGCCGUGAUACACGGAGUUGAAGAUAUGAGGAUGGAACAAGUUCCGAUGCCGACUCCUCGAGACAAUGAGGUAUUGUUGGAAAUGGAUUGUGUUGGAAUCUGUGGAUCGGACGUGCACGUGCUGACGCACGGUGGUUUCGGCGAGUACAAACUUCGCCAACCAAUGGUCAUCGGGCACGAGUCUUCUGGUGUGGUAAUCGGGACAGGAAAAAGUGUUAAACGAUUGAAGGUCGGUGAUCGGGUAGCCGUUGAACCUGCAAUUGGAUGUAAAGUUUGUAAACUGUGCAAAGCCGGUCGGUACAAUCUAUGCCCGGAUGGAAUCUACAGUGCAACUCCACCGAUUCAUGGAACUCUACAGAAUUUUUACACACACGUAGAGGAUUGCUGUUUCAAGCUUCCACCAAAUGUCACAAUGGAGGAAGGAGCUUUGCUAGAGCCGCUUGCUGUAGGAGUGCAUAGUUGCCGAAUCGCAGGCAUCCAGCUGGGAUCUAAUGUGUUGAUACUUGGCGCUGGACCGAUCGGAAUGGUCACUGUUUUGGUGGCAAAAGCUAUGGGAGCCGCAAAAAUUUGCGUUCUCGAUCUGGUCCAAAGUAAGCUGGAUGUUGCCAAAGAAAUCGGAGCAGAUGUGACCUUGCAAAUUAAAAAAGGUGACAAGGAAGAAGAUUUGGUUAAGAAAAUCCACCAGUUGUUGGGAGUUGCGCCAGAUAUCUCGAUCGAGUGUACCGGGGCAGAGCCUUGCGUUCGACUUGGUAUUCUUGCAACCGAAAUUGGUGGAGUUCUCACACUCGUCGGAAUUGGCAGCACCAAUAUGAACCUUCCGAUAACGAUCGCGCUAGUGCGUGAAGUGGAAAUACGCUCCGGUUUUCGGUAUGCAAAUGCGUACCCAGCAGCAUUGACAAUGGUGGCCAACGGAACGAUUGACGCUACCAAACUGAUCUCGCAUCACUUUGAUCUGAAGGAUUCCGUUGAAGCUUUUAAAACAUCUCGUUACGGUUUGGAUGGUGCCAUUAAGGUCAUGAUCCACUGUCAGCCAAGGAACAAGAAUAAUCCAGGAAAGAAGAUGUAGAAAAUGGUAUACAAAUGUUGGUAUUAUUUGAUAAGAGAGACAAUAAAAAACGUGAAAAUAAUUGCUGAUAA